UCGGAGGGGAGGAGAAGCAUCCAUAUGAUGCUGGCCGCUUCCUCCUCCCGGUACCCCCGCUCCUGAUCGGCAGAUCAGCGCCCUCCACGGGGCUCCCCCAGCAGCCUGCUUGCUCUCCACUCUCCCCCCGUUUUACAUGCAUGGUUCCGGGUGCGGGAUAGGAGGACAGAGCGCAGCAUGCACUGGGGUGUUGGUCUGGUCUCGUCCAGGUCUUGCGUGGUUGAUCUGAGCCGGAAUCAGAGCCUCUCUCUGUGCUGGUGUGCGGGAUCAGACGAGCAAUACGCCUUUUAUGGGGACAUCAUCGCCUUCCCUUUGCAGGAUUACGGUGGCGUUAUGUCCGGGCUGGGAUCUGAUUCCUGGUGGAAGAAAACCCUCUAUCUGACUGGGGGGGCCUUGCUGGCUGCUGCCGCCUACCUCUUACACGAGCUGCUUGCAAUCAGAAAAGAACAAGAAGUUGAUUCCAAAGAUGCAAUCAUUCUCCAUCAGUUUUCACGGCCAAACAGCGGAGUCCCUAGUUUAUCUCCUUUCUGUCUUAAAAUGGAAACUUACUUAAGAAUGGCUGACUUACCAUAUCAGAACUACUUUGAUGGGAAAUUGUCUCCUCAAGGGAAAAUGCCCUGGAUUGAAUAUAACCACAAACGAGUAUCUGGUACUGAAUUUAUUAUUGACUUUUUGGAGGAGAAACUUGGUGUUAAUUUGAACAAAAACCUCAGUCCACAUGAGAGAGCUGUAUCAAGGGCAGUCACAAAAAUGGUUGAAGAACACUUUUACUGGACAUUGGCAUAUUGCCAGUGGGUUGACAACCUCCACGAGACCCAGAAAAUGCUUUCUAUCACUGGACCACUAAGUGAUUUACUAAAGUGGAUUCUGUGCCAUCUUACGAAAGGCAUUGUCAAACGCGAGAUGUAUGGGCAAGGCAUUGGACGCUUCUCUGAAGAGGAAAUUUACAUGCUAAUGGAAAAGGACAUGAGAUCAUUGGCUGGGCUUCUGGGUGAUAAGAAAUACAUCAUGGGACCUAAGGUUUCAACAUUAGAUGCUACAGUUUUUGGCCAUCUGGCUCAAGCCAUGUGGACCUUACCUGGGACAAGGCCUGAGAGACUAAUCAAAGGUGAACUCAUCAACCUAGCUAUGUACUGUGAAAGAAUCAGAAGGAAAUUCUGGCCAGAAUGGCACGAUGACAACGAUAACACAUUUUAUGAAACAGACGAUAACAGUGAGGACAGCAAAACCCAAACCCCACUGCCCGACUUCAGCUUUUAUUCAAGGACAGGGACCUUUGAAGAUGAUGGGGCCGAGAACAGUAUAUCACAAACACCAGACACUGAUUUCACAGGUCAAUCUCUGUUUGACUCGGAUGUGGACAUGGAUGAGUUUACGGAUCAUGAACAAUUGAAGUAGAGCACAUUGCCUUCUUUCCAAGAGCUGAGGCCAGCUGCAUAGAUUAGUUAGUUUAUUUUAAUUAUCCAGGUUUUGCACAUGUCAUUGAUUUCAAGAAGCCUUACUUCUACUUGGGAAAACAUUUUGGACUCGUAUCCCGUAGGCUUUGUGAAAUACUGAUUAUAUUGAAUAAUGGUUGACUAUUAUAACGGUUUAUGAGUUAAAACUAGGUAUAAGCGCUUAAAACAUUAUCAUAAUAGAAGGUUAUUUUUCCAAAUAAGCCUAGAUUGCCCUAUUUAAGCUUCUUGUGAGGGAUGUGAAUAAGCAGAUGUUACUGUGGCACUAUAUCAGAGCGUCAAUGUUAUGAGUGUGCUAUCAAUAGUAAAUGUUUAACUUGCACUUUCAUAUGAUAUCAGUGAAAAAUAUAUUUGUAGCAGGAAUGCCACCUGACCAAAAAAAAAAAAAAAUUAAUUUCAAAAUGUUCCAAUACUAUUCACAGAUUGGUGUUUUGUGCAUGGUAGUUACUGAGUCAACGUACAGAUCACCUGUAGGCACAUGAGAGUUGUUAGAUGUUCAUUAAUCAAUGAAAUCUGUUAAUUAUACAGUAUAUGAAAUAGAUACAGACUUCACAAACGAU